GCCGUCCAGGGGCUAUUACGUCGUAGUGUAACAGUCUGUACAACCCGACCAUGCUAAGGAGAAUAGCUGUACUCGCAUCAGUAAUUGCCGGAGUUCUGGCAGGCCAUUCCUCGGUGGUUCUCCAUUACAUGCUGAAGGUUCCCAUGGAUCAGUCACAAUGUACCUGUACCAACGACACGGAUUACACGGAAUUCCUGGAGCGCGUGAUCGGCAACAGCUUUAGUUGUUUUGGUGAUGGGGUUGAUGUUACGGUGACGUCCUUCGGUCAUUGCACAAACGAGACUUACACGAACAAAAACGACAGUCUGUGUGCAAACAAACAGCAGUGUAUCUCUCAGGUCUACACGGUGACCUCCGUCUUCACCCGUAUAAAGGGAUUCCGAUCACUGUGUGAUAAAAUUCGGACAUUCUUCAGCCAAUUCCCAAACAAAACGAAGUACAGCAAUUUACCAAACAGCCAUACCUUGCCAGAUUGGCCUAACUCUCUAUUGACGGUCAACGUCGCGUCUCUCAAUUGUACUGAUCCUGGUUGUCAUGGAAAUAAGUCAUGUUAUAGCGGUCCAACCUCAAUUCUGAACACGACACACGCACAAGCUCAAUUCGUCAGCUGUGACAGACAAGUGCCAAACAAGUCCAUGACUUUUACGUGUGGUGCGUCACAAGGGGCGUGGCAGUCUACCACACAAGGUCUGGAACAAAUGACCACACCAUCAAGUCUGGGACAAAUUACUACACCAUCAAGUCUAGGCCGGACUUCAGAUUUAUCAAUAAUUGCCGGAGUUCCGGCGGCCCAUUCCUCGGUGGUUCUUCAUUACAUGUUGAAGGUUCCCAUGGAUCAGUCACAAUGUACCUGUACCAACGACACGGAUUACACGGAAUUCCUGGAGCGCGUGAUUGGCAACAACUUAAGUUGUUUUGGUGAUGGGGUUGAUGUGACGGUGACGUCCUUCGGUCAUUGCACAAACGAGACUUACACGAACAAAAACGACAGUCUGUGUGCAAACAAACAGCAGUGUAUCUCUCAGGUCUACACGGUGACCUCCGUCUUCACCCGUAUAAAGGAAUCCGGAUCACUGUGUGAUAAAAUUCGGACAUUAUUUUACGAAUUCCCAACCAAAACGAAGUACAACAAUUUACCAAACAGCAAUACCAUGCCAGAUUGGCCUAACUCUCUAUUGACGGUCAACGUCGCGUCUCUUAGUUGUACUGAUCCUGGUUGUCAUGGAGAUAAGUCAUGUUAUAGCGGUCCAACCUCAAUCCUGAACAAGACGCACACACAGUCAGCUCAAUUCGUCAGCUGUGACAGACAAGUGCCAAACAAUUCCAUGACUUUUACGUGUGGUGCGUGGCAGCUGUCUUCCUCACAAGAACUGAGACAAAUGACCACACCAUCAAGUCUAGGCCAAACCUCAGCUCUAUCGGAUACGUUGGCAAGUCAAACUUCCACGCCACCGGGUAUGGCUAUAAAUACCAGGCCAAUAGGUACGGGGACGGGUCAAACUACCAGAAUAGUAAGUACGGGGACAGGCCCAACUACCACAAUACUAGGUACGGGGACAGGCCCAAAUACCACAAUAGUAGGUACGGGGACAGGCCCAACUACCACAAUACUAAGUACGGGGACAGGCCCAACUACCACAAUAGUAAGUACGGGGACAGGCCCAACUACCACAAAACUAGGUACGGGGACAGGCCCAACUACCACAGUACUAAGUACGGAGACAGCCCAAACUACCAGAAUAGUAGGUACGGGGACAGGCCCAACUACCACAAUAUUAGGUACGGGGACAGGCCCAACUACCACAAUAGUAGGUACGGGGACAGGCCCAACUACCACAAUAGUAAGUACGGGGACAGGCCCAACUACCACAAUACUAGGUGCGGGGACAGGCCCAACUACCACAAUACUAAGUACGGGGACAGGCCCAACUACCACAAUACUAGGUGCGGGGACAGGCCCAACUACCACAAUACUAAGUACGGGGACAGGCCCAACUACCACAAUACUAGGUGCGGGGACAGGCCCAACUACCACAAUAGUAGGUGCGGGGACGACAGGCCCAACUACCACAAUACUAGGUACGGGAACAGGCCCAACUACCACAAUAGUAGGUACGGGGACAGGCCCAACUACCACAAUAUUAGGUACGGGGACAGGCCCAACUACCACAAUAGUAGUUACGGGGACGACAGGCCCAACUACCACAAUACUAGGUACGGGGUCAGGCCCAACUACCACAAUAGUAGGUACGGGGACGACAGGCCCAACUACCACAAUACUAGGUACGGGGACAGGCCAAACUACCACAAUAAUAGGUACGGGGGCAGGUCCAACUACCACAAUACUAAGUACGGAGACAGGCCAAACUACCACAAUGCAAAGUUUGGGGACAGACCCAACUACCACGACACUAGGUACGGGCGCAGGCUCAACUACCACGACACUAGGUAUGGUUACAGAGCAUACUGUUAAGCCACUAAGUAAAAUGACCGACCAGACUUCCAGCCAAACCUCCAUGACAAUUGGUACGGGAACAGGCCGAUAUCAGACUCUAUUUAAUACAACGCCAAGCAUCAUAGGAAUCAUGCCUGAGAGUACUGACGUCACAGAUAGUUCCAGUAUGGCUACUGUGGUAGGAGCGGUACUUGGAUCCCUUCUGGCCCUGCUCAUGUUAGUGAUGGUAGCUGCUGCGGUACGUCAGCAUGUAAGACAGAGGAAUCGUGUAGGGAACUACGCUGAAUUGAUUGGUCCCGCGGGACUGUAUACAGUCUACAAAACACCACUGGAAACUGCCGCAAAGCCAAAGUUUCUGUUUAGGUAA